UGAGUCAACUGCUGUGGUCACCCAUGCUGGAGCUCGACAUUCGACAGUGGCAUCUCAUACUUGCUCUUUGCCACUCUGCAUCACAGGGGAUAGGCUGGCCCCCAGAUACUUUAAAAUUCCAUCCUCGGCUCUCGGAAUCCUGCAUCUCUAGACCUGGACCCCUGACUCUCUUCCUGGUCCUGCCUUUAGCAGAUUCUGAGCCAUGGUCUCCCUGAAACAAAAGGCCAUCAGCUCCUCUGUGACUACACUGGGUUGUGUUGGUACCAUUGUGAGCUGCGUGCUGCCUGUCUGGAGGGUGACAUUUCCAGAUGAUGAGACAAAUCCAGAUGCCAGAAUUUGGGAGGGUCUGUGGCACAUGUGCCAGGUUCAGGGAAAUCGGUGGAUACAGUGUACACAGUAUAAUUCCAAGAUACCAGCAGCACAGGACCUAAACGUGUCUCGAGGCUUUAUGGUUGUCUGCAUCACUGGAACCUGGCUGGGAUUGCUGCUCUGCAUGUUUGGGGAUUGGCUCAUCAGGUGUUGGACAGAUAGAAGUGUUGAAGACAAGAUCAUGAAGGUAGCUAGUGGGAUGUUUCUUACUUUUGGCCUUCUGAUGCUGGUACCCCUGUCCUGGGUAACACACAAUAUCACCCCAGUGUUGGGCUACUCGAAGAAAGUAGAGAUGGGCAUUUCACUCUACCUGGCCUGGACCAGCUCCCUACUGCUGUUGUUGGGAGGUAUCCUGCUCUGUGUCAACAUCCCAUUUUGCAGAGCCUUUCCCCGUUGCUUUGAGAAUCAACAACAAUCAGAAACCAACAGCAGUACCUCAGCAGGUCAAGAGCGGGCUGAUGCGAGCGGGGCCAGAGCGAUUGGGGCCAGAGCGAUCAUUGCCUGAGCAAGCAGGGCCAGAGCGAGGUUGCCCAGACAGAGAAGUGUCUGAAGACAUCUACAGAUAGCUA